AUGGCCUUGAGUCGGGUAGAAGGGGAGGAUGCGCUCUAUGUGGGCGGCCUCUGGGCUCUCCGUCGUUCAGACUCGCUAGCAGAGCGGCACAUCACCCAUGUCUUGUCUAUGGUCGCCUUUGACCCGGAUACCUUUCGCAACUUCAAGGACGAGCUGUGGUCGGACUACGGCAAGAACUUCAAGCAUCUCACCGUUGAUGUCACAGACGAGGACGACACAAACAUCCUCGUCGAGUUCCCCAAGAUAGUUCGCUUCAUUGAUGAGGGCCUCCAUGGCGCCGCCAAAGGUCAGGGCGCAGGCGGGGCGCCUCUUGAGCAGCACAUGGACGACAUGAAGCUCGGGGCCGCAAAGCAGGCGACAGGACGCGGCAAUGGCGCCGUGUUUGUCCACUGCGUGGCUGGCAAAUCCCGCUCCGUGUCUGCUGUCAUAGCAUACCUGCUCUGGAAGUAUUCGAACCGUUUUGACCCCAACAUUGUCCCCCCAUCCGCCUACGACCUGUCUACCAAGAACCAAGGAUCUGCGAAGCUACCGUCAGAAAACCAGUCGACGUCGGGCUCCAAGAGACCACGUACAGAAACCGGCGAUGAUGCCGUCAGGGCCGCGCUUGGCCUCAUCCGACGCACAAGACCUAUGGCUGAGCCCAACGACGGUUUCAUGCACCAGCUCGCGCUGUGGUGGGAAAUGGGCUGUCCCGAAGAUGUCGAGUCAAAUCACGUGUACCAGCGCUGGGCGUUCAAGCGUGAGGUGGAGGAGCAUGUCGCCGUGGGACAGGCGCCCAGUCGGCUGCGGUUUGAGGACGAGGCGGCGCAGGGACGCAAGGGCCCAUCCGGGAGCGGCGACGGAGCAUCGGGGGUGAACCUACGAUGCAAAAAGUGCCGUCGAACCCUGGCCACGACGCCGUUCAUCCAGAAGCACGCGCCUGCGCCUCCCAAGGCGAAGCCAAACUCAUCGCCGCCUCCGCAGCAGCCAUGCCCACACUACUUCAUUGAGCCCUUGAGCUGGAUGCGUGGCGAGUUGGAGCGCGGGGAACUGAACGGGAGGCUGAUGUGCCCAAACGAGCGGUGCGGCGCGGCGGUUGGCCGGUACGACUGGAAGGGGAUACACUGCGCCUGCGGGGCUUGGGUAACACCCGGCCUUUCGCUGCAGCGGGCAAGGGUCGACGAGGAGGCCAAGAGGACAACGGCCGGGGGGGUUGCUGGUGCGCAGGCCGGGGCAGAUCAGGAGGCGGCGAGGAGGGCGCAGCUCGGCAUCCGGAUGCCGCCCGGAGCGGCUGUCACACGCGGUGGUGGAAACUUAUAG